AUGGGGAACAAGAAGACAGAAGAGCUCCUAGCAAGCCAUGUCUCCGGACAGGCCAACAAGGCCAUGUCGAAGCCGGCCCAUUCGUUGACUUUCAAGGAGGUCCUCGAAGAAUUGGGCGCCAGCGGUAUUGAUGGCCUCUCUCCCGAUCAAGCUGAAAAGCGGUUGGAAGAGUACGGUAAAAAUGAACUCGAUAAUGGUCCUGGUGUCAAUCCCACCAAGAUUCUCGUACGGCAAAUUGCCAAUGCCAUGAUGCUGGUGUUGCUGCUCGCUAUGGGUGUGUCUUUCGGAAUUGGCAGCUAUAUUGAGGGUGGUGUCGUAGCUGGCAUCAUUGGUCUCAACAUUGUCAUUGGUUUCAUGCAGGAAUACUCUGCAGAGAAGACAAUGGACUCGCUUCGGUCCUUGUCCUCGCCCACCUCCAGCGUCAUCAGGCAUGGAGAGUCCAUGGUUAUCCCAACAAUUCAUGUUGUGCCAGGUGAUAUGGUUGAAUUGAAGACUGGUGAUACUGUUCCAGCAGAUAUUAGGCUUAUGGAAGUUAUGAACUUCGAGACAGAUGAGGCGUUACUUACAGGAGAGUCCCUACCGGUUCAAAAGGACGCCGAUGAGGUGUUUGAUGAAAACAUUGGACCCGGUGAUCGUCUUAAUGUUGCCUAUUCAUCUAGCAACGUGACAAAGGGGAGAGCUCGAGGUGUUGUUUUUGCAACAGGCAUGUACACGGAAAUCGGUAGCAUUGCAGCUGCACUUCGAAAAUCAAACUCGAAAGUUCGAGAACCCAAGAAAACUCCUGACGGCAAAGUCAAACCUCAUCGACAGGCUCAGGCAUGGGGUCUUACUGCUGGCGACUUUAUCGGGGCCUUUCUGGGUGUCAAUGUCGGUACUCCACUUCAACGAAAACUCUCACAGCUUGCCAUCGGUCUUUUCGGUAUCGCUGUGGUGUUUGCCAUUAUUGUGCUGGCAGCAAACAACUUCUCGAACAACAGAGAAGUCAUCAUCUAUGCAGUGGCUACUGGUUUAUCUAUGAUCCCUGCAUCUCUCAUUGUCGUCUUGACCAUCACAAUGGCUGCUGGCACAAAACGCAUGGUCGAGCGUAACGUCAUCGUUCGAAAGUUGAAUGCCCUGGAGGCUCUUGGUGCCGUCACGGAUAUCUGCUCCGACAAGACUGGUACAUUGACCCAGGGACGAAUGGUGGUCAAGAAGGCCUGGAUUCCGGCAAGGGGUACCUAUUCGGUCGGGGAGAGCAACGACCCUUUCGACCCUACCUCGGCAGCACUAUAUCACAGUAAGGCUCCCCCGAGCAGUGAUGAUUCCUCCAGCGAAUACGACGUAGCGCCAGAUGAGGACGACAAGAAGACGCAUGACCAGCUUUUACAGGAUAACACCCCUCUCGAAGAAUUCCUGAAGGUCGCAUCUUUGGCCAACCUGGCAACGGUUUACAAAUCUACCGAAGGUGAAGGCUGGACUGCUCGAGGAGACCCCACCGAAAUCGCCAUUCAAGUUUUUGCUUCCCGCUUCGACUGGAACAGAAAGAAACUGACCGAAGGCGACAAAGCCGACUGGCACUUAAUCAUGGAAUACCCCUUCUCCAGUGACGUCAAGAAGAUGUCCGUCAUCUUUGAACAAAAGAGCUCAGGCAAGAAGCUUGCUUUCAGCAAGGGAGCUGUCGAACGUGUCAUUGAUUCCUGCACCACCAUUGAUCUCGAAGGGACCAACGAACCCGUUGAAUUAACCUCCGAGGUCAGCGAUCAAAUCCUCGCAAACAUGGAAAGCCUCGCUUCUCAAGGUCUUCGUGUUUUGGCACUCGCCUCAAAAUUUUAUGAUGGUGCCGCUGAUAGUGAUGCUCGGCCACAAGUUGAGUCUGAACUUACCUUCCGUGGUCUUGUCGGUCUGUACGAUCCCCCUCGUCCAGAAUCCAAAGGUGCUGUCAAGCGCUGUCACCGUGCUGGGGUGGGUGUCCACAUGCUCACGGGCGACCACCCUGGAACUGCACUGGCCAUUGCGAAACAGAUUGGCAUUGUUCCCGACAAAUUGAAUGUCGUUAGCAAGGAAGUUUCCGAUAACAUGGUCACCACUGCCGCCCAAUUCGACCGUCUCACCGAUCAGGAAAUUGACGAUUUACCUGUACUGCCACUGGUCAUUGCCCGUUGCGCACCACAGACUAAAGUACGCAUGAUUGAUGCCUUGCACCGACGAGAGAUGUUUGCAGCCAUGACUGGCGAUGGCGUGAAUGAUUCUCCAUCUCUCAAACGCGCUGAUGUCGGUAUUGCCAUGGGUCAAGGAGGUUCCGACGUUGCCAAAGAUGCCUCUGAUAUCAUUCUGACUGACGACAACUUCGCCAGCAUUCUCAAUGCCGUCGAAGAGGGUCGCAGAAUCUUCGAUAACAUCCAGAAAUUCGUUCUUCAUUUACUGGCUCAAAACAUUGCACAGGCCUGUACGCUUUUGAUCGGUUUGGCAUUCAAAGACUCGUCCGGUCUUUCCGUUUUCCCUCUGUCACCUGUCGAAAUUAUGUGGGUCAUCAUGAUAACUUCUGGUUUGCCCGAUAUGGGAUUGGGUCUCGAAAUCGCUGCACCCGACAUUCUGCAAAGACCACCACAAAAUCUCAAACGAGGCAUUUUCACCAACGAACUAAUCGUCGACAUGCUCGUCUACGGCCUCUGGAUGGCAGCACUUUGCCUGUCUUCAUUCUCGCUCGUCGCCUUCGGCUUCGGCGACGGUAACAUGGGUGAGAAUUGCAACGCCACGUACUCAGAAGCAUGCGACACCGUCUUCCGCGCCCGUGCGACCACAUUCGUCUCGAUGACUUGGUUCUCACUUUUCCUUGCCUGGGAGUUGAUUAACUUCCGCCGCUCGUUCUUCCGCAUGCAGCCAAAAUCCAAGAAGUACUUCACGCAGUGGAUGGCCGAUGUCUGGCGCAAUAAGUUCCUCUUCUACUCAGUCAUGUUCGGCUAUGUCUCCAUCUUCCUCAUCCUGUACUGCCCCGUCAUCAACCACGAUGUCUUCAAGCAUACCGGAAUCUCUUGGGAGUGGGCCAUCGUCAUCAUUCAAGCGCUACUUUUCUUCGGCGGCAUCGAGUCUUGGAAGUGGGCCAAGCGAAUCUUUUUCCGUCGACGUGCGAAGAAGGCUGGUGGUGGCCGCGCCCGUCGUCUCUCGAGUGUCGUCUUCGAUGCUUAUGCUGGUAUCACACCCGGUCAAGUCCCGGAUGAUGAUGACGUCAGCGUGGUUAGCGAUGCCAGCGAGAAGGUGUAA